AUGGUACGCACCAAGCAUACGGCCCGUAAGAGUACUGGACUCAAACAACCAAGAAAGAGCAUCUCUCUCAAGGGUCCAAUUGAGUCGGCAACUGUUGGUGGUGGUGGCAUCAAGAAGACACAUCGCUACAGGCCUGGUACUGUUGCGUUGCGUGAGAUACGAAAGUACCAACGGAGCUCGGACCUGUUGAUCAAGAAGUUGCCAUUCCAACGUCUAGUGCGUGAGAUUGCCCAAGAGUUCAAGACUGACCUUAGAUUCCAAUCAUCCGCUAUCGCAGCACUUCAAGAGGCAUCAGAGUCGUACCUUGUGGGUCUGUUUGAAGAUACCAACCUGUGUGCCAUUCAUGCCAAGCGUGUCACGAUCAUGCCCAAGGACAUGCAGUUGGCGCGUCGUAUAAGGGGUGAGAGAACUUGA